AUGGCAGACAUCGCGCAGACGGACGCCCCGGGCCCGGGCACCUUUGACCUCACCGCCGGCAACAGCAGCAGCGCCGCCGCCAAGCCGACGUCGCCGCCGCCCGCCGUCCUCCUCGGCCUGUCUGGGCCCUCGAGCAGCGGCAAGACGACGCUCGCCCGCCUGCUGCGCGACAUCCUGCCGAACGCGUACAUCCUGCACCUCGACGACUUCUACAAACACGACUCGCAGAUCCCGGUCAACGACAAGGGCAUCCAGGACUGGGACUGCCUGGGCGCCAUCGACGUCCCCGCGCUGCGCGCCGCGCUCGCCCACAUGCGCGCGCACGGCGAGCCGCCGCCCGACUUCGUGAGCAAGGAGGACAAGAACGCCGUCGGCGAGUGCGGCAUCGCGGCCGAGGCCAUCGAGCGCUGCAGGGCGCGCGUGCGGCGGUUCUUCGAGCAAGCCGGCGUGGCGGAGAGGCUGGGCGGCCGCAGGAUUGCCAUGGUGGACGGCUUUCUGCUGUUUUCGGAGGAGAUGGCGGAGCUGGGUAUAAGAGACCAGUUUGACGUGAAGCUGUUCCUGCGCACGAACUAUCAGACGGCUAAGCGUAGGCGAGAGGCGCGGUCUGGGUACGUGACGCUGGAAGGCUUCUGGGAGGACCCGCCAGGUUAUGUGGAUGAUAUCGUGUGGCCAAACUACGUCAAGGACCACAAGUUCUUGUUCAAAGAGGGCGAUAUCAAUGGCGAGGUAGACGAGGAGGUUUGUAAAAGAAUAGGCAUCAAAGCCAUGCCCAAGGAUGCAGCUGAAGAUAUGGGAAAGGUCCUCGAUUGGGCUACCAAGGUAAUUGUAGAUGAGCUGGACAAAAUAACCCGGUCAUAA